AUGAAACCGACCACAAUCCUAAACCUGAAGACGCAGGAAGAAUCAAAGUCCAUGUGGGAACAACUGAACUGCUUAGCGAACGAAGAACGUCUCAACCGUGAUCAUGUUGAUCGUGCGAGGCCUCUACUCACUCAACAUGUCUCUAAUGUCAUCUUUGAAUCGGCUAACUAUUCUCCAGAUUGGGCUUUGUCAAUUUACAUGACCUUUAAGACCACACCUCCUAUUACGAUUGAAGAACGUAGACGCAGAGCAGAAGAAGCUAUUAGACACGGACGCAGACUAUACGGACUCUUACUACAAGCAUCUAGACGGGCACUAGAAGAGCCAGAGUCACUUGAUGAGAUCACCACCUAUGUGCAGUUUAGACCGGCAAGUAAGGUUUUUGUUGAGUCUUUGUCAAGGAAAGUAUACAAGAAGACAACAUCGACGUCAAGUUCCGACAUUUGCACAAUUUGUUUGGAUGAGUUUAAAACAAGAGAAAGAGUCGUGAAAUUACCUUGCGGACACGAGUUUGAUGAUAGCUGUAUCCUCGAGUGGUUUUCCGCCAAUCAUGUUUGUCCAUUGUGCCGUUACGAGCUACCGCGUGAAAAUCAGGUGAAACGAGCCCUAGAAUUUGGUUUAGGGAUUUAA